GCUCUUCUAUGGAAUGAUGCACGCCGUUCGUGGGAGCAUGUGUUUAUAAGUGGCGCGCGCGGAGAAUCAAAGUGGCUUGCAAUGGUGGAUCCAGACUCCCGAGGCCCAGGGCCAGAGGUAGCUUCAAUGGACACUCCGGCCAAUCAGAAGGAGGUACAUACAUUAUUGUGCCACUCCGGCCUCCUCCACAACGACUAUUCGAAGGUUUGAAAUCAAGCCGCGACAGAUGUGCCAGACUUAAGUAGAGAAUGAACCCUGCUGCAAGAGACUUGCCCUUCAAUAAUUCAAGGUGUGCGACACGGUCAGCUGUAGAGGCUGCAAUCUACUGGCCAGCUGGGGGGCGGGACUUAUGUAUGGGUCUCGGGACCCGGGUCUUGUGCUUCUCAGCAUUCCCUUUUCUGCUGACCCGCCGUGCAACGUAACAGGUGCAACUUUUAAAACCUUUUGACCUGAAGCAACAGUCUGCAGCUCCCCUGCAGCUUGGGAGCAUUGCUAACUUGUUCCUUCGGGAGUUGCGUUAGGAAUGAGCAUCAGACAUCCUUGAUCGUCUUCCACGUAGCUGGCAGCCUCUUCAUUAAUCAUGAAUGCAAGGCAGAUGUCUCCCAAAAUGGUGAAGCAGCAAUUGAGGCCAGAGUCUUGCAGCUCAGGUGAAGAGUACAAUUCUUGUACGACUCCUAGCAGGCCCAAUCAGAGCGCUGCGCAGCAAAUGCGACAAGUGCACCGGCUGCCUGCACAUUGCAGUGCCUCUGAGCUUUCUGCAGCUCUGCACUCUGGGGAGCCUUUCGUAAUCUCCCUUCAGCAGGAAGACGUCCCAGAUCAGGAGCUCGCUGCACUGAAGCAGCGGUUAGCUGGAAAGACUGUGCAUGGAUGGCAGGGGGACAAAUCGAUCGAGCUCAGUAUUGACGACGUCGUGGAUCUGUGGCUGGAAGACCGGCUUCCAUGCAACAUUGUUGAUAGCUACGUGAAGGGAGUCUUCUCCGUUCCCGACUUUCUUGCAGAAACCAACCUUCUCUCCAAGCACCCGGACACUGAAGAGAGGACCGUCUCGCUUUACCUGAGCUCCUCGAACGCGUACACCCCCUUUCAUGUCGACGCCUACGGUUUCGCCGGCUGGGCCUUUCUCUUCCGGGGGUCCAAACGAUGGGAGUUUGUUCAUCCUCAGCACUACACAGAGUUUCACGAUGCUGCUCUUGGGGGUCCCAGGGACACACCAGGAAAUGAGUUGCCAGCAGAAGUCGAACUGUGGAGAACAACAGCGGGCGAGAGAGACGUGGUUUACAUUCCCCCCGGAUGGCUCCACAGAGUUUGGACAGACCAGCCAAGCUUCGGUUUCGGAGGAGCAUGUGCGAUGCCGUGGGAGGUGGAACAGGUUUUGCAGCACUGGCGGCAAGAAAAGGAAUUGGGAAUUGCUCUAGAAAAAGAUCUGGACGAAAUCUUUAGAACAAUCAGUGCGGUCACUAUUUCAAAACGAACAGCACCGUGAUCUACAGCCGUUUCUUGUACUCCCAAUAUGACGUGGUCUAUUGGACUAGUCACCCAGCUGCAUCAUCUCAUUUCGAAUGCUCUGAAUCAUAAAAGCUUCCUGUAACAGCCAAUCAAGCGAACAUUUCGAGAAGUCAGCGUUUAUGAUGCACUAUCAAACAACCGAG